AAAAUAAAUUAAUAAAAUCUAAAAAUCUUACUUUGCCAAAAUAUUUGUGCCAUUGUUGCUGGUGAUGAGCGGCAGCCUGGUGGGGCUGUAGGGCGUGUAGUCGAAGGGUUUGACGAAGGGCGUCGGCGCCACAAGGCUGCGGAUGACGACGAGGAGGAUGCUGAAGACGAUGGGGGCGCCGAUCUCGAUGAGCGACUGCACUGGGUGGCGCCGCUGCAGGAGGGUGUUUUUCCACAGCAGCAGCGAGAAGCUGCCGGCGACGGUGCGCUCGGGCAUACCUGCAACCAACCGACUCGGAGUGGUCAUCAAGUGCCCUCGACCGGGCCGAUUAGGCAAAUGGGAAGGCACCUCAUGCCGACGGUGGAAGAACAGGGUGUCAAUUAUUUAGAGCGCGGCUGUUGCGCCACUGCCUGCAGAAACGCGACUCUCGUGAUGUCAGAGCCGUGUGUGCACGAUGACUGUAUUGAUUUUGGCGUCGACAUUAUAUGUACGGUCUAUGAGAGCCGUAGUGUGUCCGGCACUGCCCAAUUCGUGUGCUAUUUGCAUUUACGUUUUUCUUCAGACGCUACAAUGUUUAAAUUUCUGAAGAGAAGCGAAACAAUCAAGGUCUACGAGACAGUGGUCGAGGGCCUCAAGCAUGUCUACAAACAGAAGCUUCUGCCUUUGGAAAGCCACUACAAAUUUCAUGAGUUCCACUCGCCCAAGCUCUAUGACCCUGACUUCGACGCCAAGCCCAUGAUUCUGCUCGUUGGGCAGUACUCGACGGGAAAAACCACCCUUAUCAAGUAUCUGCUAGGGAACGAUUUUCCAGGCAUUAGGAUCGGCCCAGAGCCAACCACAGACAAGUUUAUUGCAGUUAUGCACGGCAAUGCAACAGGUGUGAUCCCGGGAAACGCGCUUGUUGUUGAUCCUAAAAAGCAGUUCCGUCCGCUCAGCAAAUUUGGAAAUGCUUUCCUCAACAGGUUCCAGUGUUCCCAGUUGGACAGUGAUGUCUUGAGAGGAAUCUCCAUUGUGGACACACCAGGAAUUCUCUCUGGAGAAAAGCAACGAACUGACAGAGGUUAUGAUUUCACUGGUGUCCUCGAGUGGUUUGCUGAGAGGGUGGACCGAAUCAUUCUUCUUUUUGAUGCACACAAAUUGGACAUCUCGGACGAAUUUCGUCGCAGCAUCGAAGCACUAAGAGGGCACGACGACAAAAUCCGGAUUGUGCUCAACAAGGCUGACAUGGUCGACCACCAGCAACUGAUGCGGGUCUACGGUGCCCUCAUGUGGAGCCUUGGAAAAGUCCUGAACACUCCUGAAGUUGCCCGAGUUUACACUGGCUCCUUCUGGGAUCAACCUCUACAAUAUGAUAUAAAUAAGAGACUAUUUGAAGAUGAGGAGCAGGACUUGUUCAAAGACUUGCAGUCGCUGCCUAAAGACGCAGCCCUCAGGAAGCUCAACGACCUGAUCAAAAGAGCCCGUCUUGCAAAGGUCCAUGCCAUUAUUAUUUCUUCUCUGAAGAGUCGAACGCCAAGGUUUUUUGGUGCAGAAUCCAAGAAGAUGGAGAUGAUUGAAAAUCUUUGUCAUAUUUAUGAAGCAAUUGAAAAGAAGUAUAACAUUUCCAAAGGGGAUCUCCCUGAUUUGAAGAAAAUGCAGUUGUUGUAUACUUUUAAAUGGGAUAUUUUGAAGAACGUGUUAAUAGGAAACGUCUAUAAUUUUUGUUCAUAGGACAAGCUAACAAGCCAAGAUUUCACCAAGUUCAACUCUUUGAGGCCGCAUUUGAUAUUUGCGGUUGACGAAAUGAUGGCGCAGGACAUUGCUCCUCUGAUGAACAUCAUUGCCAAAGAAGAGGUUGAGAACCCAGUUGAGCCUUUUAUUAAAGGUGCCUUUUCUUACGUUGAAAACAAAGAAAGUCCUUUUGGAUACAAGAAAGGCGAGGGCAUCGACGAAGGUGCUGGAGACAAUGAAUGGGUUGUGAACAAACUUCGACCUGACACAGAUGCCGUAUUUAAAACUUUGGGACCAGUCGAUGAAAAAAUUACCUCUGCAGCUGCAAAGUCAGAGAUGAUAAAAUCAAAAUUGCCCAACACCGUGCUGGGAAAAAUCUGGAAGUUGGCCGAUGUAGAUAAGGAUGGUAUGAUGGAUCCUGAUGAGUUUGCUCUGGCCAUGCACCUGAUCAACGUCAAGCUGGACGGCCACGAUUUGCCUACAGAGCUGCCAGCUCACUUGGUGCCUCCCAGCAAAAGAGUCAUUGACACCCUAGAGAAACCAUCAAUUGAGGUGUAAUUUUUUUCGUAAUAAUUAUUUUAGAUUCCACAUGGAACCUCAAAGUGAAUCAAGAAUUUUCAUGAGUAAUUGUUUUUCUUAUUUAAAAGCCGUUUAAAAGUUUACGUGGUGUCAAUGAUAAUAAUUAAAUUCUUGUUUGUAUUUUAUAAAAAUUUAUUGCAGAUGGACCAGUAAAAAAUAAUAUCUUACUCUUGAUUUGAUUUUUAGAUUAAUUUGUAUGCAAUUUAAAUUUGUCACCACUCCACAUUAUCUAUUUCAUGUGUCAGAGAAGCGUAUUUUUAUAAUUUUUAACAAAGCAACAUAAGCAAAUAUACUAAGAAAUAUUGUCAGUGGAAAUAAUGUGAUAAAAUGAUAAAUAAUAUUUAUGUUAAUUUUGCAAACAAAUGUUGAAAUUGAUAAUGCUGUAAUAUUGUAAUCAAACCAAAUAUUUUUGACACAUCUUUGUAAGGUUUUACAUUUAAGAAAUUAUGUGCAGCUCUCUCUGUUAAUAAU